AUGGCCAACCUACCCUAUUGGCAGGUCAACAUCCCACCAGCCCUCCGGACCGCCGAGUGUCCAGACUUCCUCCGGAAUGUCAGCGACAAGGACCGCGGCAUCAUCAGCACACCCGACUCCGAGUAUGUCGCCGACUCGUGGGAUGUUGUGAAACAAAAAGUAGCGCAGAAUCGUCUCGAACUCUUCCAACGGCGGCCCUCCGACCUGCGCCGCUACCUUGCCUUCACGUGGAAACUGCGUCAAGACUAUGGUAGCAUCAUGAACUUCAUCCUCACGCACCGGCUACAAUGGGCGCCACUACCCAUCACCCCGCGCGGCAGCCGGCCGUUUGAGGCGGUAGAUGAAGAUGUCAAAGUGCUGAGGAACGACUGGCCGUAUGGGAUCGAUAAGAGGAUUGUGCACCUCGUGGUGUGGACCAAAUUUGCCCUGGAAGAGGACCCGGAGACGGGGGAUUUGACUGAUGGCGCGCGCGCGAAGGUCGAUGCGUAUGUGCGCAAGGCAUUUGCCAAACUGAACCCCGAUCAUGUGGUAUGGUUUAAGAACUGGGCUGCGCUCAAGUCGGUCAGGUCCGUGGAACAUUUCCAUGUCAUGCUGUUUGAUCCCGACAUGGACGUUGUCAACGAGAUCACGCACGGUGAUGUCCCGAUGUGCGAGAAGGAAAGUGAGCUCUGA